GUCCAUAGGACAAAUAAGCAUCCCAAGGGAGGGUCAUUUGCUCCCCCUUCAUCAGCUUUUCUUUUUCUUUCAAUUUUUAGGAAAACAAAUUUUUUUUUUUUUACAUAAAAAAUAGAAAACAAAUUAUAAAAAAGAGGGUUCUUGAGAGGCUGAUUCAAGAUGUCUUAUGGGAGUGAUUCAAAUAAGAAGAAGAGACUUGCCAUUGUGGUGGUCUCCUCCUUCAUUCUGGUGGUUAUUGGAGUUGCUGUGACAGUUGGUGUUACAAGGCAUCAGGAUGACCAGGACAAUUCCGGCGGCGGGGACUCUCACCCGACCACCUCAAACAAGGCCGUCCAGGCGAUGUGCCAGCCCACCGACUACAAGGAAGCCUGCAUCGAGUCCCUUUCUGGGGCCGGCGACAUUACUGACCCCAAGCAGUUGAUCAAGGCCGGCUUCGAGUUCACCAAGAAGAAGCUCGACCAGAUCGCAGAGAACUCCAAAACUCUCAAGGAGGCCGAGAAGGACCCCAUGGCCAAGCAGGCCCUUGAUAUCUGCAGGGACCAGAUGGAACUCGCCAUGGACCAUCUCGAGGAGUCCUUCAACAGGAUCGGGGCCCUGGACAUCACCAAGACCGACGAUGUGCUCGAUGACCUCGAGACGUGGCUCAGCUCCGUUCUCACCUACCAGGGUACCUGCCUGGAUGAGUUCGAGAAUGUGACCAGCCCCGCGGCUCCCAAGAUCAGAGAGGCUCUCAACGGCACCAUUAAGUUCUCGAGCAACGCCCUCGUCAUGGUCAAGGAGUUGUCCUCCAUCUUCAAGAACCUCAACAUCCCCGGCUUCAAGAACCGCCGCCUUCUCCAGGAGGAAGUGUUGGGACACGGCGAGUUCCCGACCUGGAUGGACCCGGUCAGGCGCAGGCUCCUCGCUGACGAAACCAAGCCCAUCCUUGUCAUUGCCCAGGAUGGGAGUGGGGACGUCAGGAGCUUUACGGAAGCUAUCCCGCGUCUACCCCUCAAGUCCAUGAUCCCAAUUGUGGUCCAUGUCAAAGCAGGAAUUUACAGGGAGACCGUAAAAAUCCCCAAGAAUGUCUGGAACAUAACAUGGAUUGGUGACGGGGCCGACAAGACCAGGAUCACAUUCAACAAGAACUUUGCCGAUGGAGUUAAGACCAUGUACACUGCAACAUUCACCCUUAUCGGAGCCGGACACACCUUCAAGAACAUCGGAUUCGAGAACUCCGCUGGUGCCAUCAAGCACCAGGCAGUGGCCUUGGUCGUUGACGGUGACAGGAGUGCUUUCUUUAACUGCCGAUUCGAUGGGUACCAGGACACUCUGUACGCCCACUCGAACAGGCAGUUCUACCGUGACUGCAUCAUCACCGGCACCAUCGACUUCAUCUUCGGUGACUCGAGGACGCUCUUCCAGAACUGCCUCAUCCAAAUCCGCAGGCCACUCGACAAUCAGCAGAACAUCGUGGUUGCCUCUGGCAGGUACGAAAGCCACACGGUCACAGCCAUGGUCCUCCAGAACUGCACCAUCUGCCCAGACCCGACCUUGAUGCCCGUCAAGGCACAAUUCAGGUCCUACCUGGGCAGGCCCUGGAAGCGGUUUGCCAAGACCAUCUACUUGCAGAACUACAUCGACGAUGUCAUCCACCCCGAUGGCUGGCUGCCAUGGCUCGGCACCUUUGCUCUUGACACCUGCUACUACUCAGAGUUCAACAACCGUGGACCUGGCUCCGAGACUUUCCGCCGUGUCAGGUGGCCUGGCAUCAAGACCCUGUCUCCUGCCCAGGCUCUCGAAUACACCGGCCAGACGCUCUUGAGUGACGACAGCUGGAUUGCCGCGACCGGAAUCCCUUACACCCGGGGCAUGAUGUGAUCUGCUUCACCCCAUUUGAUCAUUUGAAAGAUAUUAUGUACUGGGGGAAAAACAAAAAAAACAAAAGAACAAGAAAAUGUAACGUAUGUCAGUGCAUGAUGCCGAAUUAACACCUUCCUGUUGUUGGCAUUUCAACAGAUACAUAUAUACAAAUAUACAAUUAAUCACCA